GAGAUGUCUGCCCAGAGGUUAGUUUCUAACAGGACGUCCCAUCAAUCUGCAUCUAAUUCUGAUUACACCUGGGAAUACGAGUAUUAUGAGAUUGGACCAGUUUCCUUUGAAGGACUGAAGGCUCACAAAUAUUCCAUUGUGAUUGGAUUUUGGGUUGGUCUCGCGGUCUUUGUGAUUUUCAUGUUUUUCGUGCUGACUCUGCUGACCAAGACAGGAGCCCCACACCAAGACAAUGCAGAGUCUUCAGAGAAGAGAUUCAGAAUGAACAGCUUUGUGUCAGACUUUGGAAGGCCACUGGAACCAGAUAAGGUCUUUUCUCGACAGGGCAAUGAGGAAUCCGGGUCCCUCUUUCACUGCUACAUCAAUGAAGUGGACCACUUGGACAAGGCCAAAGGUGGUCUCCAGACCACAGCCCUCGACAGUGAAUUUCAACUCCAGGAAGCCAUCAGACGCAGUGGGCGGCCAGAGGAGGAGCUGAACAGGCUCAUGAAAUUUGACAUCCCCAACUUCAUCCACACGGACCAGAACUCCUCCUUUGGGGAAGAUGAUCUCCUGAUUUCAGAACCACCUAUUGUUCUAGAAAAUAAGCCAGUUGCCCAGACCUCACACAAAGACUUGGAUUGA